CUCUGGCAGGGGCGGGGUUUGAACCUCUGCUGGUGCGAAUCUGCAAGCGAGGGAGGGAAGCGAAGCUCUUGGCUCGGCUGGGAGAAAACUCGGAUUCUAGCGAAGUUGUCACGGGGAGCGGCAGGUGAUUUUGGAGACACAAAGACAUGCACUGCGAUGCAGCUGAAGGAGAUGCGGACUGGGGUGCCAUGUGAAAGGUUUAUCCUGGUACUUGAAGUUGGGAGGCGUUAGAACGUGGGAAAGUACUACGCCAGGCGGAGGCGCUUCCCCGGUGCGCGCAACCGGGUAGUUUGUGGCUAAUUCACAUGUCAUCUGAAAGUGUAACAGUUACUGUUCGUCUUAUUCGCUCUUUUGAGCAUCGUAAUUUCAGACCAGUUUUGUACCAUGAUGUUAACCUGGACCAGACUGUAAAAGAAUUUAUUGCGUUUGUGAAAAAGGAUGUCAUGUCAAGGACAGGACUUCUGCCACCCUUUAGAAAAUAUACAUAUGACACAAUGAAGAUUAUCCAUCAGGCGCAUGGCUCUAAGACCAAUGAACUUGUUGUGAGUUUAGAAGAUGAUGACAAACUCAUUUUGGCAGAAGACAGCACCUUGAAAGUAGCUGGAGUAGCUAAUGAAACAGAGCUAGCAUUUUUCUGCAUGGAUGAUUACAGAAAAUAUAAAACCCAUCCUGUUGCAACCUGGUGAAGACCAAGGAAAUUGAGGGAAUU